CUUGUGCUGGUGAGGCAGCACAGUGCAGUGAGUUCGUCUGAUACCUCAAAAAGCCCUGCGGAAAAUGCAGGGGCUUCGUUUUAUUAUGAGUAAAAUAUCCUUUUUAGCCUUUUUAGAGUCGUAAAGGCUGCGAUAAAACCCCCUGAAAUGUGUUUUUAGUCGAAAAGCUAAGCAAAGAUGCGAUAAAAACGUUCCGGUUGAGAAAGCAAGACGGACUGCCACAAAUAACCUCGUUCUGGAUGAUAUAAAACCUAAUUUAAUAGUUUUUUGACCGGUUGGCACAGACGUAGGCUCCACAAUGGUGCAGAAAUAUCAAUCCCCCGUACGCGUGUACAAACACCCCUUUGAACUGGUCAUGGCGGCCUAUGAGAGAAGGUUCCCUACAUGUCAUCUCAUCCCCAUGUUUGUGGCCAGUGAUGUAAUUAGUGAGGAGAAGAGUGACGACAAUUCCACGCACAAGAUCGAGAGGAGGUGCAAGCUGGACGUUGAUGCUCCGCGCCUUCUGAAAAGGAUUGCUGGGGUGGACUACGUGUACUUUAUCCAGAAGAACACUCUGAACCGCCGUGAGAGAACCUUACACAUCGAGUCCCACAAUGAGACCUUCUCCAACAGAGUCAUCAUCCACGAGCUCUGCUGCUACUCGGUGCACCCAGAGAAUGAGGACUGGACGUGUUUUGAGCAGUCGGCUAGCCUGGACAUCAAAUCGUUCUUUGGCUUCGAGAGCACUGUGGAGAAGAUUGCCAUGAAGCAGUACGCCAACAGCAUCAAAAAGGGUAAAGAGAUCAUUGAGUAUUACCUGCGGGAGCUGGAGGAGGAGGGUAUUACCCAUGUGCCCCGGUGGAGUGCCAGUCCUGCCUCGCCCGUCAAGGCUGUUUUGCCCGUCAGCCGCCCUGCGCUGCCUACCACGCCCGCUAUCACUAUUAUACCGCCUACGGAGAGCUCUAAAGAGGCUCUGGGGGUCAAAGAGAGCAACAGUCCGGUGGGCAGCCCCAGUGAGGCGCUUUCCGCCACGCCCGAUGACAAACUGGAUGCCGACUAUAUCAACCGUUACCUGGGCGAUCUCACACCCUUCCAGGAGAGCUGCCUCAUACGGCUGCGCAGCUGGCUGCAGGAGACACACAAGGGCAAGAUCCCGAAGGACCAGCACAUCCUGCGGUUCCUGCGUGCGCGAGACUUCAACAUGGACAAGGCGCGGGAGAUCCUGUGCCAGUCCCUUACCUGGAGAAAACAGCACCAAGUGGAUUACUUGCUGGACACCUGGACCUCACCACAGGUGCUCCACGACUUCUACACCGGCGGCUGGCACCACCAUGACAGAGACGGCCGUCCUCUCUAUAUUCUGCGUCUGGGACAGAUGGACACGAAGGGCCUGGUGCGCGCUCUGGGGGAGGAGUCUCUUCUCCGACAUGUGCUGUCCAUCAAUGAGGAGGGCUUGAGGAGAUGUGAGGAGAAUACCAAAGUCUUUGGCCGCCCAAUCAGUUGUUGGACGUGUCUGGUGGAUCUGGAGGGGUUGAAUAUGAGGCAUCUGUGGCGUCCAGGUGUGAAGGCUUUGCUAAGAAUCAUUGAGGUUGUGGAAGCGAACUAUCCUGAAACUCUUGGCCGUCUCCUCAUCCUGCGUGCGCCCAGAGUUUUCCCUGUGCUCUGGACUCUGGUGAGUCCUUUCAUUGAUGAAAAUACACGUAAGAAGUUCUUGAUCUACGCUGGAAAUGACUACCAGGGUCCCGGAGGCCUGGUCGAUUACAUCGACAAAGAGAUCAUCCCUGACUUCCUGGGUGGAGAGUGCAUGUGUGAGGUUCCUGAGGGCGGCUUGGUGCCAAAGUCUCUGUACCGAACACCAGAGGAGCUGGAGAAUGAUGACAUCAGACUGUGGACAGAGACCAUCUACCAGAGCGCCAGUGUCUUUAAAGGAGCUCCACAUGAGCUUUUGAUUGAGAUCAUCGAUGCCUCCUCAGUCAUCACGUGGGAUUUCGACGUAUGUAAAGGUGAUGUGGUCUUCAAUAUCUAUCACUCUAAGAGGGCACCGCAGCCGCCUAAGAAGGACCCGCUGGCGGCUCACGGCAUCACAUCUCCCGGAGGCAACAACGUGCAGCUGAUCGACAAGUCGUGGCAGUUGGGGCAGGAUUACAGCAUGGUGGAGUCACCCCUCACCUGCAAGGAGGGUGAGAGCGUGCAGGGUUCUCACGUGACCCGCUGGCCUGGUUUCUACAUCCUGCAGUGGAAGUUCCACUCCAUGCCUGCGUGUGCCACCACUAACCUGCCACGUGUGGAUGAUGUGUUGGCCACGCUGCAAGUUUCUUCUCACAAAUGUAAAGUCAUGUACUACACUGAGGUUCUGGGCUCCGAGGACUUCAGAACCGCUUGCUGCGAUGUGCAGAGUUUGGGCUCUAUGACGAGUCUGGAGUCGAGCCACAGCGGCUUCUCUCAGCUCAGUGCCGCCACGACUUCCUCCAGCCAAUCGCAGUCCAGCUCUAUGAUCUCCAGGUAGAUCCCGGAGGGGCGGUUUGGUUGAGGAACGUUUUGCAGCGUUCUGUCAGAAGAGCAGGACUCGACUGUCAAAUCAGCCCAAAGUUUGUUCCAACCUCUCCACCAUGACCCCUCCAACCCUUUUCCAGCGAGGACCUCUUGAAGCAUGCUUGCACAAUGGAAGAUCAGAGAAAAAAACAAAGAAAGAAAAAUGCAUAUUUCAAAGCAACAUGGGGUUGUCAGUUGUACACAAGGGCUUGGAUCUGUGUUGCCAUAGCGCUCUGCUGGGCUGCAGGUCAGUUCACGGGCAAGAUUUUUGUUUUGUUUUAUUUCUUUUCCUUCCAGCUACAAGUUGGAGUGAUGUCGUGGUUUGCGAAACGCACCGCUGAUGGACUGAGCAAUAUGAGUACUUUUGCAUGGAGGUGGAUUCAGAGAAAUGGAGAAACUCAAUGCGCUGUUACACAGAAAUAAGUGCACAAACACAGCACACAGAAUACUGUAUAUGCUCAAUUAUGCCAUAUCACUGGGAGAACGCCCUUCUGGUGAAACGUUUAUAGGUCAAAGCGCAGGUUUUCGAAACGAGGCAAGGUGUCCGCCCAAAGCAAUAACUUAGGGACAUUUCUACCGUUUGAAUUUGUAUUUAUCAUUGGACUACAUAGUUUUGGAGACGAUUUUGGAGUCUUCUGGGUGCUAUGUGCUCUUUAGUGCUUAGCUGUAGUGUCUGGCUACUGAGUUUGGAGUCUAGACAUCCAGUGCUUUGGAAAGCAGUAGAAGCUUGUGGUGAAAUUAAUAAUUAGCGCUGCUUCUAGUGGUUGUUAUGCGUGUCGCUUGAAUAGUUUUGAAUUUCGUGGAAAUGCCUUGAUUGUCUGAAUUGCUACUGAUCAGUUCCUAUGCAGUUAGCCAGUGGGCCUGAGGGUCAUUUUAUGUUUUAUAGGUCAGAAUUGUUUGUUGGAGUGAAGAAAAAAUGAAUAUUAGAACGUAAAGUUACAAUCAGUACAGUUUUAAACAUCUUAAUUGCAUGUAAAUUGAUUAGCAAUGUUUAUAUCAAUACAUUAGAUCUUAACUGGAUGGAAAA